AUGACGGAAGAUGGGCCCCCUCUGAACGUCGCAUACCUAGGGCCUGAAGCCUCCUUCUCGCACCAAGCAGCCAUUGAAGUCUUCACACCACCACCACCACCACCACCGUCGUCUUUCCAAAGUCCCAGCUGCUAUUCCUCGCAGUCCACCACUGCUCCUCCUAGCCGACCGGUAACACUGCAUCCUCUACCUUCCUUCUCGGCGAUUUUCGCGGCGAUCCAAGAUGCAAACUCAAACCAUGGCUCCGCGCAGAGCAAAGAGCAAGGCCAGCCGCAGAUAUCCUACGACUACGCCGUGGUCCCUAUAGAGAACAGCACCAACGGCUCGGUCGUGCAGGUGCUUGACUUGCUUGCUCAGUGUGGGCUUGACUCGGGGACCACCAGGUCCGACUCUGAUUCUGACUCUGCGGCCGCAGUCCCAGUCCUGUAUCCCGACCUGGAAGUCUGCGCGGAGUACUACCUCCCUGUCCACCAUUGCUUGUUUGUUGCUCCGUCCCGGUUGUCGGUAGAUGCCACGAAUGACAAGAACAAGAACAACGACAGCAAUGACAGUAACAAGAGCAACAGCACUACUACAACCAACAAGGCGAUGCAAGACCCAAAAACAGCCAUUCGCAUACUCUACACCCAUCCGCAGGUAUGGGGCCAAUGCGGACGGUUCCUGGGCACACAUUUCCCGCCGAACGUGGUGGAACGCAUUGAUAUGGGCAGCACCUCGGCCGCGGCGCAGCUCGUGGCGCGUGAAGCCACUUCGACGAAGGUGAACGGCGAGUCUGGGCUCAGUGCGGCCAUUGCAUCGCAGCUGGCUGGCCAGAAGCACAAUCUGGUCUGUCUGGCCGAGAACAUCGAGGACGAACCAGGCUCGAACACGACGAGGUUUUUCGUGAUGCGGAAUCGACAGCGCGGACAAGACCAGCAAAGUCUCUUCGAAGGGGACAGUCACUUUGCAAGUGGACAGUCAAGUCACUCACAGACGGAGCCUCUCGAGAAGAAGAAGAAGACCAGGUAUUAUAAAUCACUAAUCACCUUCACCAUCGACCACACACGACCUGGAAGUCUGGCCGACGCUCUGGCCGUGUUCAAGCAAUACUCGUAUAACUUGACGAGCAUCGACACGCGGCCGAGUCGCAAGCGGAACUGGCAGUAUGUCUUCUUCGUCGAGUGUGAGGAAGCUUUCGAUGCGGUCGGAGAUCGAAGAGACGACGACAAGGAAAAGAAACUAAGGAGUAUGCUUCAGGAUUUGCGGAAGUUCACUGAAAGCUUGAGAUAUCUCGGCAGAUUUGAGGAUCAGCUACGAAGCGGCGUUGCACACGUGCAACCUUGA